AUGUCUGCCGCGCUUCCCCAGUCCAUCUCGCCCAACAACCCGAUCGACGACCAGGCGGUCGUCGACACGCUUGCCGAUCUUGGUGUCAAGCUCCCCGAGAACGAGGUCCCAGAGUAUGCAGACUUCCUGAAAGGAGCGUGGGAGAUCUGGAACAAGAUCGAUGGUGCCGACGACUACAUCCCCACUGUGGACCUGGAGCGAUUCCCGCGCGACAAGGUGCACCUCCCCUCCAAGGAGGAGAACCCUACUAACGGGUGGGCAUGGAAGGUCACCAUCGAGGAUAAGCAGGGCAAGGGGGGCUUGUUGGCAGGCAAGACUGUGUGCCUCAAGGAUAACGUCGCGGUCAAGGAUGUGCCGGCAAUGCUGGGCACCGACUUUUUCGGCGACUGGACGCCCAACACGGACGCGACGAUCGUGACCCGCAUCCUUGAGGCUGGAGGCACGGUGCUCGGCAAGGCCAUGUGCGAGAACAUGUCGUUGUGGGGUGCGUCCGGCUCGGCAUCGACGGGGUUGAUUCACAACGCCCGCGCGCACGGAUACUCGGCUGGCGGGUCUAGUUCGGGCACGGGAGUGCUUGUUGCCAGCGGCGCAGUGGACAUGGGUAUUGGUGGUGACCAGGGCGGCUCGAUUCGACUUCCAGCUAGCAAGAAUGGAAUUGUUGGACUCAAGCCGACCCAUGGACUGGUGCCAUACACGGGUAUCGCAAGCUUUGAAGCAACGCUUGACCACACUGGGCCGAUGACGAGGACUGUGCUCGACAACGCGCUCUUCCUUCAGGCGAUCGCCGGCGCGGACGGGAUCGACGACCGCCAAGGCGCAGGCUGUCCGUUCCCCGACAACGUGCCGGACUAUCCCGCACUGGCCAAGAAGGGCGUCGAGGGGCUCAAGAUUGGCCUCUUGACCGAGGGCUUCAACUGCCCGAUGCACGACAAGCGCGUCAGUGAGGCGGUCGAAAAUGCCGCUCAGCGCUUGUCUUUACUUGGUGCGACGGUUGAGCACGUCUCCAUGCCGACACACAGUGAAGGACCUAGCCUAUGGGUUGUCAUUGGGCGCAUGUCGGCGACCGUUUCUUGGGGAGGAAAGGCGUGCGGGCGCCACCAGCUGUACAUGAACGACCUCACUUUGAAGACGGUUCCAAUGACACAGGAAAAGUUUGACCACUUGUUCACCUCGGGUGUCAACACCUUUGUCAACGGCGAGUAUGCGUGGAAGCACAUGUCACCCACGUUACUGGGCAAAGCGUACAACCUGGUGCGCAAACUGCGUGACGAGUACAAUGCCGUGUUGGCAAAGUACGACGUGCUUGUCAUGCCCACGAUCCCCUUUUUGGCUCCGCGACUUGCGGAACCCGGGUCAGGUCCUACUGAGCUUAUGAAGAGCGCGACUGGUUUGACGUCCAACACGUCUCCUUUCAACCUGACGGGAUUGCCUGCGCUCUCCCUCCCCAUUGGCAACCUGCCGUCAACGGAUGACAGUGCGGUGCAACUUCCCGUUGGGAUGCAGAUCGUCAGCAAGGCUUUCCGCGAGGACCUGGUGUAUCGCGUUGCUUAUGCUUGCGAGCAGCAGUGCGUCAAGCCGGUAGAGGCGUAA